GCAGAGUCCUGGAUGGAUUCCAGCAGGGUUAGUGAUCCUCUCCCCUCUCUCACCUCUCUCCCUACAAACUUCACUUUUUUCCAGCUUUCAAACAGGAUUAGACCCAACGGACAACAUCAGACUUAUCAAGCAGACUUUUGAGCCUGUGGUUUAAAACAUUAUCUAGAUUAAAGAUUGGAUUUCAACUUCUCAAGUUGGAUUUACGUUCUUUCAGGUUCUCCUUUUAUUCCCUUUUUUUUUUGGCAGCUGUUUUGUAACUUUUCACCUCAUUUAAUUUGCGUGUUUUUUACCCCCUGACUGUUUCGUUGCUGCCAGGUUCAAUGGCACUUGGAGCACUAAAUACUCAAGUGAAAAGCUCCCUAAGUGGGAGUGCGUUUUUGGACCGCGGUUCUUUAGAGGAGCAGGAACCUCCACCUCCACUCCGCAGCUACCUUUGUUUGACUAUUCUCGCUUGCUUUUGUCCUGCGUACCCUGUCAACAUCGUGGCUCUGGUUUUCUCUAUUAUGUCUAGAAACAGUUAUUUCCAUGGCGACUACGACGGCUCCAGGCGAUUGGGCAGGAACGCUCUCUACGUUGCUGUAGCUUCCAUCAUCAUCGGCCUCCUCCUCAUCACCAUCACCUGCAUUGUUCAUUUUACCACAAUGGAAUUUUAGUGCUGUGGAAGUGGAGAAGAGAAGUAAGACACUUUAAUAAAUACGCUCUGGAUGGACUGAGCUGAUUGGUUCACAACAUCUGCCAGUGAAAGGAUUCUGAUUCGACUCAUGUUUACUUCAAUCUGUACGUCAUGUUUCCUGUUUUUCAUAUGGACAUCUCAAUAAUGAAUGUCACAGAUGCUUUGAAUGAAGAUGGCAGCUUUCAACAAAUUUAAAGGGAAUCCGUGGUUUACAGCAAGUUUUUGCCAGGCUGUGACCCUGGUGGGGAAAUUAUAACGGUUGCUUUUAGCUUAUUGACAGAAAGAGUCAUGAUAAUAAACUAUAGUGACAAAACCAACUUAACCCAUAGAUGACAAAUUUUGUGCUCAGUUAAGGAUAUCCCAAUCUACUAUGCUGUUAUUUUAAAGCUUCAUCAAUUAUACUGAUGAAUGACGUUGAAAUUUUGUGCUAAAACAUUGAGAUUCAUUAUUAUCAUAGUGAGUCUAUAGCUGGUAACAAUAAUAAAGUACCUAGCAUGAACUGUGUGGCUUUUUUUCUCAUUUGUAAGAGAGAAGUUGAGAAUUCACGCUCUUAAUGACAACAGCAUAGUAUUUGUUAACUUAUUGUAGAUAAUUCCCUGCUGUAGAUCAAGCUCGUGUCCAAAAGCUAUUGUAUAAAAAAACUGUCUUUGAUUCAUGUUGUUCUAUCAUUCCUGUUGACCAGAGCUCAGCAUGUCCAAACAGUUAUAGUUCAGUGCAGUGUCUCCUGUGGCUCAAAAUCACAGUUUUUCCAAGUGAGACUAUGUAACCUUUAUCAGGAGAAUUAACACAUUUUCCUUCCAAAGAACAAAAGUUAAAUUUUUGGACAUGAUUGUUCAGUUUAUUACAAUAAUUUGGUUUGCUGCCAUAACCUUAUUUGUUCUGGAAUGAACUGUCAGCCGGUAUUAAAAACUAAAUAAAGGCUACAUGAAGAAGUAUCUUGAAUUUUAACUGUUUGGCACAUAUUUGUUCCUGAGGUUGAAGAGAUGCUGUCAUUUAUCAGACGUCACGGGUCAAAUGACACAUGCUACUCAGCUGCAUUGUGGGAAAUGAAGUUUCUAGUGUUCAUCCAUAUUUGCAAGUGAAAGUCAGAAUAGUUUGGGCUUUUGCUGCUUCAGUUUUGACCAUUCAGAUCUGUCUGUUUGGGCAGUCUCCUAACCACGAGACAAAAAUACAGACGCAACAUAUAAUAUUUCAUUGAAUUCUAUCCUUUGCUUUUCACAUAAGGGAAUAAGUAUGGAACGCCAUGAUACAACCAAGUACUGUAUUGGAAGUGAUAAUGAAUAGAUCGAGAGUGGGGUCAAAGAUCAGAAAUCACAAGCCACUAAUGAGCCACACAUACAACACAUAGAGCAAAUUAAGUUGAUGCUGCUGCUAGUAUGUUGUCCUUUAGACACGAUUCCAUAGACAACUUACAGUGCAGCUGUAGAGAUUUACAUGUCAGCAUCCAACAUGUCAACAGCCUGCUCUUGCCUUUGUUCUUGUUAUCUGUGGCAUCAUGUCAUUGAAUAAAGCUGCAUUUUAAGGUG